AUGCCGUCCUGGGCAGCUCUGAAAGCCUUUGCCCGCUCAAUACCGGGUCGAAAGGCUGCGCCGGCCUGCAGCGGUGCGAAGGAGCCAUCGAAGACAGCCUUGGGAUCCAAGAGUGGUGAUGGGUCAGUUGGCGAGGAUGGCGCUACGACUUUGCAUAUCGCUGCGCGAAACGGUCACACUGAAGUUUUACGGUGCCUUCUGAAGGAAGGCGCUGAUGCUGACGUGGCCACCACCAGAGGUGAAACGCCGCUGCUCUUCGCGGCGGAGCAGGGCUACUUGGAAACGGUCAUUGUCCUGGUGGAAGCUGGCGCUGACAAGCACAAGGCUGCAGAACAUGGAUUGACCGCGGUACACGCAGCUGUGGAGCGCGGCCACCUUGAAGUUGUGCAGUUUCUCGUCAAGUCCGGAGUGGACGUGAAUCAUGCGAAGGAAAGUGGAGCCACACCUCUGUUUCUGGCAGCUUACAAGGGCCAGGUCGCCCUGGUCCAGUCCUUGCUUGAUGCCAGAGCCGACAAAAACCGGCCUGAAGAGCAAGGAGCCACCCCAUUGUUCAUUGCGUCUCAGAUGGGGCACUUGGACGUUGCACAGUGCCUUUUGGAUGCUGGUGCAAAUCCGGAUAUCUCUAAAGAGCACGCUGUAUCCCCGCUGUACAUCGCCGCUGAGUGUGGGCACGCGGACGUUGUGCUGGCUAUGCUUGAUGCAGGUGCUGACAAGAACAAAACAACAGAUCGGGGAACGACACCCUUGUACAUCGCCGCCCAGGAGAAUCAGAUUGAGGUUGUGCGGCACUUAUUAGAUGCUAGGGCAGAUCCUGACAUGUCCGAGCACAACGGAGCCACUCCCGCUCACAUAGCCAGCCAGAGUGGAAAUUUGGACAUCCUCUACCACCUGCUCGACGCGUCCGCGGACAUAGACAAAACCAACAAGCACGGAGCUACAGCACUGUACUGUGCGGCGGAGCAGGGCAGGUUAGACAGUGUCCGUGUGUUGGUUCAGGCGGGCGCUCGCCAGGUGCCGACAAGCGCUGGCAUCACGCCCUUGUACACAGCAGCAAGACGCAACCAUGUGGAUGUGGUACGCUACCUGCUUGCAGCACGGGCGGAUGCGGAGUUCGUAAAGGACGAUGGCAGCACCAGUCUAUCAAUCGCAGCGCAGAAAGGCCAUUGUGAAAUUGUGCGGUGUUUUUUGGCCGCUGGGGCAAAGCUCAAUGGCAAUGCGCAGAAUGGAGCUUCACCUUUGUUUGCCGCUUCGCAGAAGGGCCACGUGGAAGUGGUUCAUUGCUUAAUCAUGGCCGGUGCAGAUGUGAACCAAGUGACUCCGGAGAAAGCGAGCUCCCUGAUAAUUGCAGCCCAGAACGGUCACCAAGACGUGGUACACUGCUUGAUUGAGGCAGCUGCUGAUUUGGAUGUACCGGACAUUCACGGAGUGACGGCGCUUCAUGCAGCUGCAAGGCAGGGGCACUUAGGUGCGGUGCAGCUGCUGAUCAGCGCUGCUGCAGAUGUGCACAUUGCCAGAGACACGGGGUUGGGGCCUCUUCAUGUGUCGGCGCAAGGCGGGCAUUUGCAGAUUGUUCAGUCCUUGCAGCAAGCUGGGGCUAACAAGGAGCAGCUAUGCUGCGAUGGGAGGACUCCUUUGCACUGCGCGGCUGAAGUUGGCUAUGUCUACAUCGCACGGCACCUUCUUCAGGCUGGCGUGGAUAAAGACCGAGUGUCUCACAGCGGCGCGACUCCGAUUUGGUGCGCUGCCUCCGAGGGGCAUGUGGAGAUGGUGAAGCAACUGCUGUCUGCAUCAGCCGAUUGCGACAUUGCCACGCAAGACGGGCUGACCCCUUUGCACUCCGCUGUGGUCAAGGGCCAGCUUCAGGUCGCAGGUGCUCUCAUUGCCGGAAAAGCUAAUGUGGAUUUGACGACCAAAUCUGGAGUAUACCCUCUCUUCACAGCCGCCGAGUCCGGGCAGCUCCGAAUGCUUCAGUACCUAUUGGAAGCAAGUGCGGAUAAGGACAAGCAGACCGCUUCAGGUGCUACGGCCCUACACAUUGCCGCACAGAAAGGCCAAUUUCAAGCAGCAAAGCGUUUGCUGACCGCAGGGGUGGAUUGCGAUCUUGUUGGUGGGAGCGGGCUCACACCGUUGCACCUGGCAAUCCAAAACGGUCAUUUGGAAGUUGCCAGCCUGCUGCUAUCGGUCGGAGCACAACCCAAUCGAGCAGAUGGCAACGGAGUAACGCCUCUCGAGUAUGCAGCACAGCAUGGGGGCAUUCAAAUCGUGCAGUCUUUACUGCAGGCUGAAGCUGAUGCAAACCAAAGGGGUGAUGACGGGCACACCCCCCUUUAUGUUGCUGCUGCAGCAGGCCAUGUUCAGAUCAUUAACUGCUUGGUCAGGGCGAACGCAGAUCUCAGCAAGACAGGAGACCAGAUGAUUGCUCUACACACUGCUGUUGAGCACGGCAACAUUGCAGUGACGAAGUGCCUCCUUCAAAGUGGAGCGCCACAAGAUACCUGUCGUGCAGACGGGAAGACACCUCUGUGCAUUGCAGCGGAGCAAGGCAAUGUGGAUCUCGUAAAUUGCUUGCUACUAGCGAGGGCCUCCACGCAAGUCACAGUGGAAGGGAUGACGCCGCUGCAUCUUGCAGCCAACAGUGGCCAUCUGUCAGUGGUGCGGUCCCUUCUCGAUGCCAAGGCCGAUAAAACCGUCACAGCCAAGAACGGUGAGACGCCUCUCUACCUGGCUGCGCAAAACGGGCACCUUGCAGCGUUGCACAGCCUGCUGGCACAAGGUCCACCAUCAGCCAAGGGCAGCGAUGCAUCCAGCAUGGAGCUGAAGAGUGGGUCUUCAGUGCAGCCUGUCUGGAAAGCGCGCGUUCAGACGAGCUGCAGGGCAAUGGCAUCCAGGAUGAGUACGAUGUUUCUGGAGAUUUUGGAAGCUCAUCCACGAGCUCCCAAGCUGUGUGGCGCAAUUGGUUUUUUGUCCAGUGCAUGUUUUGGGGUUGCACUGUUUCUUCGCACUAGCAAACGAGAAUAG